UCGUCUAACACAUAUGUUGUGUUAGUAACUCAAUGAAAAAAGAUGAUAUAUUUUCAAUAAAACUACUGACCUCUAAUUAUUAUUUUUCUCAAUAAUUUUUUUGCUAUAAUUAAAUAUAUCUUUUAAAUUUUUAGUGAUUAAUUUACUGAAUAUUUGUAUAGGUAUACAUCCCCUCCGAAUCAUCGUAGGAAAACAGAAUGUUGACAGAUUUCGUUCAAUACGCUCUCAAGCAAAAUAUGUUAAUGAAGUUUCUCAAGAUAACGUGCCUUCUAUCGAAUGGGUCGAGACUCUGGAGAUGGAUAACAAAGAGGACACAUCUUUUCAUCAGGUUUUGGUGACAAAGGAGAUUAGGAAGCGGGUAAAUGCAAUGAAAUUGAUGUUAGGGAUAAUGGAAGAUGGAGAGAUAACCAUAUCAGCUUUAUGAUACAGCUGGGGUUGCUCUAAUAAAAAAUGUUAAUGAUGAAAAUACACCACAGUUUCCAUCUUCUCUUGAAUGGAUUGUCAAUACUUUCGCUUGUGUUAUAGCAUUGAGAUCAUGGAAUAUGCACCCGCAGAUGUGUCAAAAGGAUAUUGGACUAAGAAAGGUAUUUGUUGGGCGAGAAAUUCGGAGGUUCAAGAUAUAAAUGAUACAGCAAUGGGAUUUAGAAUCCUAAGGUUGCAUGGCCACCAAGUUUCACCCGAUUCUCAAGUGCUAUUUCAAGAGAAGAUUCUUGAAGAUGCCAAGAAUUUUUCAGCCAAGUAUUUAAAAAAGAAACGUGCUGCUAAUGAGCUCUUAGAUAAAUGGAUCAUAACCAAUGAUUUACCUGGCAAGCAAACACUCUACAGCUGUGGGUUAUGCUCUGGAUGUCAUGGUAUGCUAGCUUACCCAGAUUACGGUGGUGAAAAUGAUGUUUGGAUUGGCAAGACCCUUUACAGGAUGCCGUACAUGACCAAUGAUGUUUAUCUUGAGCUUGCAAAGUUGGAUUACAACAAUUGUCAAGCAAUGCAUUAUGAUGAAUGGAAAGAAGAAAUCCAAAGGUGGUAAAUGGAAUCAGAACUAGAAGGGUUUGGAUUGAGCAAAGAGAGUAUGUUGUUUGCUUAUCAUGUAGCAGCAGCCAGCAUAUUUGAGCCUGAGAGGUCUCUAGAGAGACUUGCAUGGGCAAAAACAACAGCUUUGCUGCAAAUACUGGAGUCGAAUUUCAAAGAUGAAGAAACUAGGAAGGGUUUGUAGAUCAGUUCAAUAAAUGCAUUAAUGGAGGAAACUGUUCAGACGAGUAAACAACAUAUCUUUCAUAUACUAUUUAUCUUUCUAAC